ACAUUCAGAAGUACCUGCACCUGUUAGCAGGUAACAACUAGUGACAGGUGAAUUGCGUCCGGACGCAGGCACCGGGAGAAAUUUAUUACGGUAGAAGCAGCAGCCCAGGAGGACGAUGACCAGCUGGAAGAGACCCGACUCAGUGCCGCACCCCAAGGUGUGGCGGCGAGCGUUCGGCAGGAAGCCGGUGGAUGGCAAGGUGCUGUCCUUCGUCAUCCAGGACGUUCCUGAGGACAGACAGGAGGAGCUAGUGCAAUUCAUGGUGGAGAACUUCAUUAAGAAAGAGCCAAUGUGUGAGUGCCUGAACGCAGCUGACGACCCAGUGAGCAUGGAGCAGUUCCGUGUAUUCUGCGAUAAGGUACUGUCGCAGAGAGUAUCUGUGGUCGCCUUCCUCGAAGACGACGGUCCCCGACCCAGGAUCGCAGGCGCCAACUUACUGGCCGUCUUCACCAAGGCUGAGAAGGACAAAAAAUAUGAGUACAUAGGAGACAUCGCUAAGAAGACAGAAGAGUUUCAGGAAUACUUGAACUCCCUGGCAGACCCCUUCGAGAAGUACGGCCUAGACGAGUACAUAGUAGGGAUAGGUCUGGCGGUGGCCAUGGAGUUCCAAGGCCAAGGACUGGGCAGGGAGAUUCUGAAGGCGAGGUUCGACGUGGGCCGGGCCGUGGGGGUGAAGCUGACGGUGACUGUAUUCAUCGCCAUAGAGUCUCAGGUGCUGGCCACCAGGGAGGGCUUCGAGGAGUUGGCGCGCAUCGACUACGAGGACUACAAGGUGGACGGCAAAGAGGUGUUCCCGGGAAUAACCAGCAAGUGUGCCAUACUCAUGGCCAAGAGGAUAUAGUGAACAAUGAGUCACCUAGUGGCUUCAAUAUCACGAUAAAUUUUAUACUCAAACAUUUUUUUUUUAAAUGUUAACUGGUUAAAUGUUUAUUCUAUAUAACGUAAAUAAAUAAUUUCUGUUUCU